UGCGUCUGGCUGAGGGACAACUGCCAGUGUCCCCGCUGCUUCCUGCGCUCGGCCGGAGCGCGCAGGCUGCUCCUUGAGGACCUGGACGUCAACGUUGUGGCCAAGGCUGUCGCCCUGGCCGACAGAGGGAAGGUGUCUAUUACAUGGCCUGAUGAUCAUGCAAGCGAGUAUGAAGCUGAGUGGUUGAAGAAACGAUGCUUCUCUGAAGAAGCCAGAGCAGAAAUGAGAGAAGAUUUAUUUUUACCAGAACGGCAGCUCUGGGGCUCGGACCUUCAGCUCCCCCGGAUGCCUUUUGCCGACGUCCUGUUCAGCGACGAGAGCGCCUACCAGUGGCUCUGCACCCUGAGGAGAGCUGGAGUCGUGCUGCUCACAGGAGCUGCUGCCAGGCAGGGAGAGCUGAUUAAACUUGGCCACAAGAUUGGGUUCCUGCGUCUCACUUUUUAUGGACCAACUUGGCAAGUGCAAGACAAAGCAGAUGCUAACAAUGUGGCUUAUACAACAGGGAAGCUGUGUUUUCACACAGAUUACCCAGUCCUGCAGCACCCACCUGGGGUUCAGUUCCUCCAUUGUAUAAAGCAAGCAGCCACAGGAGGUGAAAGUGAAAUUGUGGAUGGAUUUCAUGUAUCCAACAAGCUGAAGAAACAAAAUCCUCAGGCGUAUCAGAUCCUGUCCUCUACUGCUGUAGACUAUACAGAUGUUGGGGUCGACUACUGCGAGUUUGCUGUGCAGUGUAAACAAAGGAUCAUAGACGUGGAUUCCAGAGGCCAAGCAGUUCGCAUCAAUUAUAAUAAUGCAACAAGAGACACAGUGUUUGACAUACCAGGUGAAAAAGUGAGGCCAUUUUAUGCAGCUCUAAAGGAAUUUGAUGAUUUAUUAAACAGUGCAGAACACAAGUUUACUUACAAGCUGAAACCAGGGGACAUCCUGACGCUGGACAACUGGCGGGUGCUGCAUGGGCGGCAGAGCUACCCGCAGGGCACAUCCACCACCCGCCACCUGGAGGGCGCCUACGCCGACUGGGAUGUGGCCAUGUCCAAGCUCCGGCUGCUCAGGAGGAGGGUGCUCAGCAGGGACUGA